GCGUGAAAACCACUCUAAAAAUUGUGUUUUGCUCAGAGGAUUCCAAGAUUCCACAAUUCGUCUCCUCUCCUCCAAACAGAAACAGUAUUCUUUCUUCUUCUUCCACCACCAACGGCAGAAAUCAAUUUUUGGCUUUUAAGUUUUUCCACCUCUUCGGAUCUUCUCUGAUCACCACCGGGAAAAUUCAAUUCCCCCGGGGAAUUUUACAAAAGCCCUCGCCGUCUUUUCACCGGUGGAAAAAAGCUUCAGGAGAUGGUGUCGCCUGAAAACGCUAAUUGGAUAUGCGACUUGAUCGAUGCUGAUUACGGAAGUUUCACAAUCCAAGGUCCUGGUUUCUCUUGGCCUGUUCAGCAACAACCUAUUGGUGUUUCUUCUAAUUCCAGCGCUGGAGUUGAUGUCUCUGCUGGAAACUCAGAAGCCAGCAAGGAACCUGGAUCCAAAAAGAGGGGGAGAUGUGAAUCAUCCUCUGCCACUAGCUCAAAAGCAUGUAGGGAGAAGCAGCGACGGGACAGGCUGAAUGACAAGUUUGUGGAAUUGGGUACAAUUUUGGAGCCUGGAAAUCCUCCCAAAACAGACAAGGCUGCUAUCUUGGUAGAUGCUGUCCGCAUGGUGACACAGCUACGGGGCGAGGCCCAGAAGCUGAAGGACUCCAAUUCAAGUCUCCAGGACAAAAUCAAAGAGUUGAAGACUGAGAAAAACGAGCUGCGAGAUGAGAAACAGAGGCUGAAGACCGAGAAAGAAAAGCUGGAACAGCAGCUGAAGGCCAUGAAUGCUCCUCAACCAAGCUUUUUCCCAGCCCCACCUAUGAUGCCAACUGCUUUUGCUUCUGCGCAAGGCCAAGCUCCUGGAAACAAGAUGGUGCCAAUCAUCAGUUACCCAGGAGUUGCCAUGUGGCAGUUCAUGCCUCCUGCUUCAGUCGAUACUUCUCAGGAUCAUGUCCUUCGCCCACCUGUUGCUUAAUCAAAGUUAAAAUCAUCAACCGGUUUGCUUCUUGCUUCCGCUGAAAAGAAAAGUCUCCAUUUGUUUUGCUCUCCUCUUUCUCGGCUUUCUUAGUCUUAUCGUUGAUUUCGCUAUAUCGUGUUAUCGUCGUAACUUGUUAUCUGUUGAACAAUGAUAUGACAUUGUAAACUCCCAAUUGCUACGUGCAAUGUUAUCUAUAUUCACAUGUAAAUUUAAGUAGAGUUUGGCAGAUCGUCUCUCACU